UACUAAGCCUUACUACCAGGCAGUAAAACAAAACAAAAAACAACAGUUCAUCUAAUGUCCCGCUUGAUAUUUUCCUUUUUAAAUGCAGCCAGGGGAUGACCUUGUUCCACGUGAUGAGAAUGAACAGCUCAUUUCUGAUGGCAGCAACUUCUUGGAUACUUGGGAGGUAAUUUACGUGACUCAAUACACCAACAUAUGUCAAGCUAAGACCGACGCAGCAAUAGUCCAACUGGCUUGCUGGCACGUUAACUCAAACUAAAUGUUGACAUAGAAAUAGGUUGCAAAAGAAUCAAUAUGCAAUGAAGCAAUAUGUCUCAAAAGGCCAUGGAAAAGCUGGUGGAUGCUGGGUUGGUCAAGGCUAUCGGCAUCUCCAACUUCAACAAAGACCAGAUUGAAGCCAUACUCAACAAGCCAGGACUCAAGUACAUGCCUGACAACCACCAGAUCAAGUGCCACCCCUACCUGACCCAGGAGAAGCUGAUCAACUGCUGCCACUCAAAGGGAAUCUCAGUGACGGCUUACAGCCCCCUGGGCUCCCCUGACAGACCCUGGGUUACAUCCGACGUCUUGAGUGAAGACGAAAUGACCACGCUGAUGAGCUUUACACAGAGGAGAGCAUUUAAACUACUAUGGGCCUCAUCACACAAAGACUUCCCUCUGAAUGCUGAAUAUUAACUCAUCAGAAUUUGCUGCGCCGUUUCUGCUUUCAUUGACUACUUCAACUACAUUAUGGAAAAUCUACAAACUGAAUUAUUUACUAUUCCCAGACUAAUGUGACAGCUGAAUUAUAAUGCUACUAAGCUUAUAUUGGGCCAUAUUUAAAAUAUGUUUGCUAAGGAAACACUGAAUUUAAUGAAUGUACGUAACACUUAGGUUAAGUAGAAAAAGUAAAAUCAGAAUUAAAGUAUCGUCCCUUUUAUUGGGAUGUAAAGGUUGUGUGUUGAGAUUACGUGAGAUAAAUGAUUGGGACAAUAUCUGAUAAGGUGUAAAUUAUGUGCAUUAUAGAGACUGAAAUUAAUCAUUAAAUGCUAUGUAAGUACUGAAGUAGGCUGCAUGUUGUGACAUAGUAAAAACAAUAAAGUUACUAUGAUACCACGAUUUGAUGACUUUAAGGAAUGGUUAAUAAUCAGGUCCGAUCUCCAUUUUUAUUGGUGUGUGAAAAAGGACCGGCCCCUAUGAGAAGAUGUAAUCACUGUCUGUGAAAUGUGGUUUGCUUCAGUUGC